ACACAAGAACCCCACAUUUGACAAACACAGCUACUAAUACAGCCAUGGCAUCUGCAAGCAGCUCUGCACAGGCCGCCUUCGGCCUGGGUCGGAGGAAGAAGAACCCCGGCCUCCUGGAUCAGAUUGGAAAGUUCUUUGGAGGGGACAAGAAGAGGAAGGGCAAGGGCUCUUUCCGAGGCGCUCUCUCCCCGGGCCCUCAGAAAGCCUCUGCAACUUCCCCACGUAAGCGCGGGGCAGAGAACGCCGUGGUCCAUUUCUUCCGCACGAUUGUGUCCCCUGCCCCUCCAAAGUCUAGGGGCCACCAGAAGUCACAGUCUGCUAAAGCCAAGAAGGCCAGUGCAGGGGACGGCAAAGGCACCCUGACUAGGAUCUUCAAAAUGGGAAGCAGGAGUGCUUCUCCAGCCAAACGCUGAGAUCCCAACAGCACGAGGGAAGACGUUCAAGAGCAUGGGGGGGGGUGAAAAAAGAGGAAGAAAAGGAGGAAAUCUUGUCAUCCCUUAGACUCACCUUCCCCUCUCCCUCUGUUAACACUGUAAUGCUCACUAAAUCCAUCAUUUCUCUUGUUCCCACCCCCACUCUUUUGGCUGGUAGAUAGCGACACAAUCUGUCUCCUCCCUCCUUUCCCUGCAUUGCAUUGCUCGAAGUCUGUGCAGUCAUCAUCACCGGUGUGAACUGUGUGCCCAAGUUGAUCCUGAAGCCGCUCACAUGUGCAGCCUGAAUGCCCCCACCCCUCCACGCCCCCGCCUCUCUCGAUAUAUGUGUGUUUGAGUUUCCGUGGACGUCUUUGAUGUUUGUUUGUUUGUUUUUUCUAACAAACGGUGGCUGAACAGAAGCAGACCCGGAGCAGCUGAAGGUUAGGGCCGGUGCAAGUCCGACUGACUUGACCGUCAUUGCCGUCUGCCGAUUGGGUGAAAAGACCGGGUCACUCCUGUUUUAGAAAAGAGCGGGUUUUCUGUCUUGUCAUGCUGUCUACGUCACUUUCUCCAAACCCUUUUCUGUGCACCAAUUUGUGAUAUUUAACAGGUUUUAGAUUCUUAUUAAACGCGCUGUUUUGCUUACAUCAAUAUUUUCAUUCAACCUGCGCGUCUUGGCUUUAGUUAAGCGUCCCGUCUUGAAUGUGAUGUUGAUCUGUGUUAGGGCCUAAGGUUGGCAGUGGGUCUUGUUGUAAAAGUUUCUAAAUUUUCUAAAUCAAGUUUCUCCUGUAGUUACUGAAAAGAAAAAGGAGUAUUUCUUUUUCAGUCUAUGAGAUAAUGACUAAUUUACAUUUCCACACAUAACUUCAAAGUCUCAUAGCGUAGUUUUCCACUUUUUAAAAACUGAAUCUGAAUCACGAUGCCACAUUCAGAUCUUUCCUCAGUGCUUUAGUCUACUGCAGGUCUCCAUUGUUCUCACUGUGUCUUUCUCGGCACAAAUAAAAAAAAAAAAAA